UCAGAUCUCAAAGAUAUUGACAACAUGUCUAUGCGGCUCCGUCGCGACGGUCCCGACGAUGCUCUGCAAAUGAUUGAGUGCGCUGAUAGCACACUGAUGGACGACGCAUUCCUGGAAUCCGUGAGACAUCCCCAGGUCUCUCAGCUGACAAAACACUUGUCGUCUUUAAUUUGCGCGACUCCAGUCAACACACCCAACGUUCUGGAAUUUCGCCGACAUGCACUAGAAUGUUUUCAUAAGUUCGGCCUUCAUUCUCCAGCAACGCUGGAGAAUCGAUGCGAACUGUGCAGCUGCAUCUCUGAUUCGUUCUUGAUGCAGAUUGUUCAUCCCUGUUUGCGGCAACCUGACAUCAGCAUAGAUGCCGCAUUGGCGCUCUAUUACUGCAUUUGCAAGCACCAUAUUCAGCGUUUUUACCUCACGGAUCUACCGGACACCAAUUCCUUUGUUGCGGUACAAUAUAGCCAAACGCUUGCUGGCAUGGGAUGUCUUUCGACGGACAUCUUCUCCAGGCUCAUCACAGAGACCAUGCCUAACGAUGACCACCGAGAAAGGCAUCAAAGGCGCAUUCUCGGACAUAUGGAAAGCCUUCUCAACGCUACCAUGUUCCCGGACCCUGCAGUUUAUGGCAGACUGAUCCGUCUGCUUCCCGCCGCAGGCGUUUCUCACGUAGUCCGUGAUCGCAUUGCAGAGCUUAUCUCCCAAUACGACGGGGAUAUUCUGUCUGGGAUACAGAACACUCGAUCUCUGCUUGGGUGCUUACAGCAUGCGCGUUGUAAUCUGACUCAGAAAGCGUUCCUCCAGAUCACGUCUGCUGCGUUGCGACAAUCUGUUAGACUUGCUACUGGCGGUGUGAGCCUCAAUCAGAUCGCAGACGAACUGCGCGGAGGCUUGGAUAUUGCAGCAGUGUCAUUCGCCUCGCAUGAGACAAGAACGUUGGUGCAGAACAUCAGGUGGUCCUCGAAUAGACAGGACCAUCAAGCAAUCAUCGCGAUGGCGCAAAUGUUCCUCGAUAUCCUUCACAAAAUCACACCCGCGAUAUUCGAUGACGAACAUGACCGCAUAGCGCAUCAAAUGCGCAUUCUGGCUCUGCUACAGAACCUUCUCGAUUUGCACUUUGGUUGCUGUAUAGGGCCAGCAAAUGCAGUCUAUGUCAGGCUUGUAGGGCUUUUGCAUAUCGCUCGUCAUCCACCAGAAGUGCAGAAUCAAAUUGUGAGGAUCAUUUGGCAAUUUGGUUUCAAGUAUUCCAUCGGCACUGACGACAUCCGCGCGAUAUUUGCUCUGCUAUCUCCCCCCGACGGCAAGGGCAGCGUCGCACAACUUAUCCGACUCGCUUUCUCUGCAUUGCAGCAUUCUGCGAAACUCCCCCUUGUUCAAUUACCUCGAGUCCACGAAGAUAUCCGACGGGGACUUGCGCUCUUGGCGAAGCACUUAACUUCGCCAGAGAUAGGACAAGAGAUCGCGGAAGCGAGCAUCUGGUACGACACGCACAUGCUUUUCAAGAUGUGUGUGGACAUCGCAUACAUUCCCUCUGCGCGGGAGCUAUUCACGCUUGAGGUCGUGAAACCGCUAGAGUUUUGUGCUACGCGGUGCUGUCGUCUUGAGCCGCCCACCUGGUUCCGAGACGGCAUAAGUGACUGCAUGAAGAGCAUAUGCAGCAUCUCUGGCCAUCAGAUGUCCCUUGAGAUGCAUGCCAUCAGCACAACAAAACAUACAGCGGCUCUGCCUCCUGUCCCUCCAUUCGACCCCCUGCGUAUCACGGUCACACAAGAGACGGAGACGUUCAAUUCGUAA